UGAUCAUCGUGCGAGACUAGACGCCCGAAGCUUCAGAUAGAUCAGUCCUCGCAUGAUUUCAGCAUGGAAUCACUCGUCCUCGAUCCUCUCAACUCCAUCGAAACCCAUCUCGACUCCCUCAUAACAUCCCUCGCGCAAACCAACACCUUCGCCAGUGCUCCUCAGAUUGCAAAGGACCUGGUCACGGACGACGACAACCUUACAACAUCUCUGACCCUCCUUCAGCGACACCAACAGAACUACGCACGAAUCCUCGAGCUCCGUACCGAGGUGGAAGAACUACGGUCUCAGCUCAAAGACACGAUCCGUGGGUGCGUCUCAUUCAGACAAGAGAUUGUCAAAGUCCACCCUUCUAUCCUUGACGAGUCGGACGACGAAGAGGAGGGCCAAGAUACCAAGGUCUCAGAGAUAGACUACCAUACCCUCCUAGCCUUUGCCGCACGAAUAGGCAAACACAAUGCCGCAGCCGCACGAGAGGCAGAAGCCGAAGCAGUCCGGAGGAAAGUCGCUGCUAAGAACAACACGGCCAAUGGAGUCAGAGAUGGCGGUGCCGAGAACGCCACGGCAGAGACGGAAGCUGAAUUGGAGCGGAUCAACAACACAGUCGCGCAGACACGAGCACAAAUGGGCAUGGCAUUUCCAGAUGCGAAUAUCCUACGUAUAGGCGCGUUAGGGCAGCUACAGUUAUUGCAAGAGAAGCAGGCUGGCACAGGUGCUAACGUAAAAGAGAUGGUCGACCGGGAGGUUGAGAGGCUUGUCAGGGAAAGCGAGAAUAUUGCUGACGCGGUGGUCGAAAGAGUUGAAGAAACGACGACAGAGAGCGCGACUUGGACGAGUCCGGAGAUGGCAAAGCAAUCGUUACCGGGAGCUCUUCACCAAGCUGGACCACAAAUUGGACAGCCCUCGAGUUCGCAGCUCGCCCAGAGACCAGGUGGUCUGCCGCCUGGACAGCGUAAGAAGAAGGUGGGUCUAGAUUUUCCGAGCAGCGAUGAUGAAGAUGAAGAUUGAGCAAAUAUACCGCGACGUCUGCUGGACCCUUCUGCUUCCUCCGUUCCACUGAUUGUAUUCCCAUG